UAUUGUUUUGCUGUCAAUAAUGGUGGCAAACGGAUGUUAGGUACUAAAUAUGAUUCAGUAAUUAUAACAGUUGGAAUGAUAUGUUAAUCAUUUCUCGCAAUUUUCGUGUUAUACGUAGAAUCACCUUUUAUUAAAUAACAAAAUCACAAUUGGCAUAUAACGGCGGAAGUGUCAAAACCUCUGUCACAGAAACGUGGAAAGAAAAUUAUCAUUUAAAGGGUGAGUAAAAAAUGGGAACACAACAAUUUUUUCUUAAAUGGAACAAUCAUUGUUCAAAUAUGGUGACGAUUUUUGAUCAGUUAUUGAUGAAUGAAGCUUUGGUAGAUGUUACGUUAGCAUGUGAAGGACUUAGCCUGAAGGCUCAUAAAAUUAUUCUUUCUGCUAGCAGCCCAUUUUUUCAAACUUUAUUUUUAGAAAAUCCUUGCAAACAUCCAAUUGUUAUUAUGAAAGAUAUGAAAUAUGCAGAAUUAAAAGCUGUAAUAGAUUUUAUUUAUAAAGGAGAAGUUAAUAUUUCUCACCAUCAAUUACCUGGACUUCUUAAAAUAGCUAAAGAGCUUAACAUUAAAGGUCUGAUGGAUAUGUCAGAUGACACUGAAAGACUUCCACAAAAAUCAGAUGCAGAAAAUGCAGCAGACAAAAGUGAAUCCAUUUUGCCUAUUUCUGUUGAGUCUAACUAUGAAGAAUUUCUACCUCGGAUAAGAAAAAAGAGAAAAGGCAGACGGAAAAAAAAUUGUAAUUCAAGUUGUAGUGAUAGUGAAAUAGGGCAAUAUGAAAUCCAAAAUUUUCCUGAAAUAAUGGAAGAAAUAUUACCUGAAUCAUCAAGCAAUCCGGAACAUCUCAAAGCAUCAGACUAUCACGACUUCUCAUAUCAGUCUACCUCUCAAGAUAUGUAUCCACCUUCCUAUUGUCAACAAAAUGAGAUUUGUGUUUAUAAAGAUGAAAUUUCUCAGGAUUUUAAAGAAAGUGUAGAUGAGCAUUCAAAUCACUCAGAAUCUUCUAUUAUUACAGAUAAGAUGUAUCUGCAACGACCGGGACACGCUAACCACUUUAGAAAAGUCAGGGGUUUACAGGAUACACCUAGAAAAUCUGGCAACGGGAAAUAUUACAAGAUACAUAGGAGCAACAACAAGAAUUCUCGCCUCCCGCCUUGCUGA